CUUCGGCAGCACACUGGACACUGUUCUGACGGCGGAACGUCGUCUCCGAGUGAGCGGAAGUUUCAACAGCAUCGAAACAGUUAAUGGUAGUUAGCGACAGUUGCUCUGACAAACCCUUGAAGGAGUAACAAGUGUUUACUAUUAGGAAGUUUCCAUUUUUAGCUGGACUUUGUUUUAAAACGACAAACCUUAAACUUUGUUCAUUUGAUAUCGACCAGUUCAGAAAUAAUAUUUUUUUUGUUCAAAAUUAAGUUUAACGUCUUUUGAGGAACUUUGCAGUCCAGUUCGGAGAGCAUCAAUAUUAUCGGAGAUGCGUUAGAGCGGAUCAUCAGAGCGGAUCAUCAGGAUGACAGAACCAGCGGAACCGACCCAUCACCUGAAAACUUCAGGCAGCCCAUCAGGUGGGAGCAGCGGAGGCGCGUUGGAGCAUCUCCCAGCCCGGAGCCGUGGAGGUCCAGAGAAUGGCGACAGGGGGCGACAGAGAGACCAAAAACAGCAACAGCGGGCGGGGAACUGUGGGGAUAUCAACACAGACAAGUUAUGGCAAAUGAAAGGCAGACAGAGGGGGGUGUGCCCUGCCUUAGCAGCCGGAAACGAUGUCCCGAGGUGCCCGAUUGCUGCUCAGCCACAUCAAAAACCCAAUGUCCGUGGAGCUGGGGACGAUCACCACAUCUCGCAGGGGAAAAACGGCGAAGGUAGACCGCUGGAUGAGACUUUAAACCAGGUACAGGAGGAGAGUUUGCUCGUUGACUCUGACACUGGCUUGGAGGCGCGUCAGGGUAAGAGGAGGCACAGGCGCAGGACCUCCAAGAAGAAGCGCAACUGGAAGCCUUAUUACAAACUUUCCUGGGAGGAGAGGAAAGCCCUGGACGAGAAGGAGACUGCCAGGGCUUCCCGGCUCAGGGAGGAGAUGUUCGCCAAAGGGCUCCCAGUGGCCCCAUACAACACCACCCAGUUCCUGAUGGACGAGCACGACCGAGAGGAGCCCGACCUCAACACGGAGACCGGGGUCAGGCGACCCUCAGCGGUCGGUGGCCGCAUGGAGGACACCGGCAGCGAGGAGGACUUGUUUGACAACGAGGAGGAAGAUGAUGAUGACGGUAGUGGAGGAGGAAGCGACGGCAUCGGGAGGCCCGGUAACGCAGGUGGGGAGUUUCUCCAGAGGGACUUUUCCGAGACUUACGAGAUGUACCACGUCGAAAGCUUGCAGAACAUGACCAAGCAGGAACUGGUGCAGGAGUACCUGGAGCUGGAGAAGUGCAUGUCCCGACUGGAGGAGGAGAACAACCGGCUGAGAAGCGCCGUGGAGCCCGGUGGUCUGACCGUGGAGAGCUCCCUGGUGCGACUCAGAGAGCUGGAGAGGGAACUGGAGAGACUGAGGGCCCAAAACACUGAGCUCCUCCUGCAGAACCAGGACAGGGGCCCGGUCGCUACUAAUUAAAAGGACCCGACUUAAGUCAGGAAAGCCCUUUGAUAAAGGUAAACCAUGGGACUGCUGCAUUUUUUAUUUGUUAUCAGUGUUCUGUAACCAGUCUCUCAUCUGGACGAAGAAGUCCGUGCAUUGCAAUGCAAUACUUACCGUUUCUUUUCUAUCGGGACUGUGAGGGUGUCCUGUUAAAUUUGUUUUUCAAGGUAAAGUGUAUAUAUUUCAAAUUAAGAUUCGUUUUUAUAAAGAGAAUGUAUCUGACAACGUGAGAAUAUUUUGUUUGUUUUCCGGGUCAACUUCGUAGUGAUCAUUUGUUCCGUUUCUGAAUUUCACGCAAACGUUAUUAUAUGAUUCAGUUCCCCCGUUAGUAAAUUGAAAAUCAGAUCACAGCUUAUUGAACCAGCAUUGCAAGACUGUUUUUGCCAGAGAAAUUCAGUGUGGACAUUUUAACAGUUGUGUGUUAACAUAAGUUCAAAUAAAACAAUGAAACUCUUCUGCCUUGUGUGGUAAAGUCUGAUUUGAAACACAGGAGGCUCCAGUGUUGCUUUGUAUGAAUCAUAUUUUUUAUCACAAUUAUUUGAGAAGAUUUUCACGUGAGGGCCUAGAAUUGAGCUAGAAAGAUACCCAGACAACAGUGGACUCUGGAUAGGAAGAAGAUCCAGUCAGAGCAGAGGGAGGGGGGAUGGGAUAUGAUGGAGAUGCUCUUUAUGAAGGUUAAGCCACUUGGACUUACAUCUGUGACGGGUAUCUUGUAUUUUCCUGUUCAAAAUGGGCUCACUCAUAUGUCCUGAAGCACAUUUGUUUUCUUUGGGAGAGUUCUGGUCACCUCUAAUGGUAUUUAAAAAAAAAAAAACAAUUGCACCAUGGUUGAAAAAUGCAGUGUAAUUAACAGCAGAUUAUCUUCAUUAAAUACAUGAACCAAUACAGGUGAAACAAGUUUAAGCUCAUAUUUCGAAAAGUGUACAUGAAGUUUACCGUAAAAUCUGUGCCACAAGGCCCACAGAGACCAUAUCCAUGUAAAUCCUCUCGAGGGCGCCAUACUGCUUUUUUCCAAGUUGCCUUACCAUGGUCCCUUCACUGUAAAAAUAUAAACCCCAACCUUAUAAACACACAAACACGUGCACAUUUUUAAACAUAGUUCUGUUUAUUUACAUUUUAUAACCUUGCUUUAAAGCACACAGCCAUGAGGGAAAUAAUUUUAGGUGGACAACCUUUAAAGUCCAGUCAUUUCAUAUUAGUUAUACUCAAAAUGCAAAUUCCAAAUGUACACAAUACAAUAUGUUACAUAUUCAGAUAGUAUGUACAAAAAUGUGUUCUUAAAAUACAACAGUGAGACAUUAGGUGGAUCACAUUUUACACGUUUUAAAGUUUUCCUCCUUAUGAAGUUCACCUAUAGGAAAACAUCUGACAUGAGCUAAUGCAGUAUUAAGAAGGGCUCGUCAGGUGUACCAUAUUCACACACUGAGGAUCAGAGAGACGACACACUAUGCUUCUGCCCUGUUAGCAGCAGCGCUAACAGCUGUUAAUGCCUGUGUUGAAGGCAGAGAGAGUGAGUGCAUAGACAUGUCCUUGGCUUGAAGUGUGCUUUCUUUCGAAGAAGGAAUCUUUGCAGCCUCUUCAUUAGACCUUUUUGUAUUUAAUGUACACAUCUUUGGGUCAGUGCCUUAGUUUUGACCACAGGAGAAGAGGAGGGAGGAGACCAAGAAACAACAAAAGGAAACAGAGAGAUAAGACGUGACAUGGCACUGCAGAACAAAAACACAUUCCAGAAAUCAGGCACUUGUAGAGCAAAUCUUGAGGUAUGCCAAGACCAUUAUCUGUCAUUCUUCUUCUUUAUACAUGGUUUUGCACUGGUUGGUUUUGGUCAUAUGACAGAGUCCCUUAUGACUUUAGACUUCUGUUUGUGUUGUGUGAUGACAAAAGGUUCCUACGGCCAAUAUGAGAUGGAUGAAAACAAUAGACGAACAUUAGCAUGCUGCAGUCAUUUCAUUUCCUCUGAAUAAUGUACCAUUUCCUCAGCCGGAGAGGAUUUAUUAGAGUCUGACCUUAUGGAAAACUCCUCGUCACGUUAACCCCGAGGUAAUAAACGUGCAGACAGAUGAACUCUCUGAAAGGAUGUAGUGAAAACACCGCAGGCAGAGGUGAAAAUGCAGCUGUUUGUAUGCAUUACACAAUCAUUAAAUAGUCGGUAAAGCACCACUAGGCUUUGUUUCUUUCAGUGUGUUUUAGUAAAAAGACCACACCGCAUCUUUAGUUCAGGUCCGUGGAAGUGAUGCUCAAUAAUCCCACAUACAGUAAAUUACAAAACAAAUGAGGUCAGCCAUCUCAGUGUGGCGCUGAGCUGCCCAAUAGUAUCAUGUAAAAAUGACCAGAUUACAUUUCCUCUGCUGCUACAUAGAUUUUCAGAUGCUGUUGGAAGUUUAGUCAUUUAAGUUUUUGACUUUUUCUGAGAAGGUAAAGGUUUCUGCACAGUGCUGAGAAUCAGAGAGAAAGGCCAUCAACGAGGAAAUAAGGAACAGGUAACGCCAUGUUUAUCUCGUCUUCUUUGAACAGGUACACCAAAGAGGUGAAAUCACAAUAAAAGUACUUUGUUUUACCCUAAUACAAAAUAUAUAUAAUAUAUUUAUAUAUACUGAAUAUAAAACAAAUCAACACAAAAGAAUAUAUUAUGGAAAAACAUUUCAAGUAACAUCUUGAAAGAAAUGACCGUGCACUUGGGAGCACUUUUUUGUAAACCAUAAAAAAGAAACUAAAAAAACUUAAAAACAAAUAUGAUAACAUAAUAUUUAUAUUUACAAGGUUAACUUAACAAGGCUUUGUACAAAUGUUACAAAAGUGUUCAACACAAACACCUGCACACUCAGAUGCGGUCACCAAUAUUUUAGUGAAAACACACAUGAACAUUAUUAACAAGUAGAAAGAGACGACUAUACUGAGUGAGAGUGUGAGUACGUGUGUGUGUGUGUGGUACAAACGGCAUAUCUGUGGUUGACUGAGGAAUAAAUAAGGAAUGCUGACGUGUCACAGAUCAGCUGAGAUCCCUCUUGAAAUGGUUUUAAAUUGACUGAUUAGUUUCUGUUUUUAAAGUUUCGGUUCCUAAGUGAAACGUACAUGUUGAAUGAGGAAGCACCAUUCUCUUCAGAGACAGAGGAAGUCCCUUCUCUGGUCACCUGAAGAGAUUUAACCUUUAAAUCUACUGUGUGUCCUUAUCUAAGUCUGAAUCUAAUUCUUGGCUGUGUGUGUCUCUUUCCUGUUUCGGUAUAAUUUCUAUAAAAGCACACAACUAAAACACAAAGAGACAAACAAACAAAAGCUUUGGCAACGCUGAAACGCCCCCUGCCAUGCAAACGGAGCUUCAAAGAAAAGGGUGCAGAAGCUGCUUGUUCAUUGGUACGCUGUGUUGCUCCGGGCAACCAACCCUGUUGAUGCUGCUGCUGGUCCACUGACCUGCAGGAGUCAGCAGCCCAGCCCUGUCAGGACAUUCUGAGUCAGGGGUGGGGUCAGCUGGGGGGCCUCACAGGUACUGGUGAAAUCUGGAGGUUGGUGCUUGACGUGAAGAUGGCCCAUGCUCGAGCCCGUCAGCACCCAGAGGCAGCCCUGGUGUUUUGACCUGGUUUUGGGAGGCGGGGGACAGAGGGAACUCGUUGACAGCCAGCGAGGGUCUCCUAUCAGACGCCUCAGUCGGGGAAGCCACCACAGUGUGUCUGCGCCAGGCUCGCCUCUUCCUCCGCGUUUCAGGUGACAGCGGCUUACGCAGUCCCACGCUGCGCAGGUCAUCAGCCGAGCCCAGGAGACGAGCACGGACCUGCUCUGCCAGAGACCUGCCACCAGGGCCCGUGGGGGUAAAAGAGGAGGCCUCACUAGGCGGCAUGGCAGGUUUGGGUCUAGUCGGCCGCAGGCUCUCCUGGCUGCUACAUGAGGAGGGGUUGGUUCUGGAAGUUUCCCUCCUCCCUCGUGCUGCACCAUCUGAACUAGAACCGGAUCUGUCACUCUGUGCGGCUCCAGGCAGCUCCAGCAGGUCCAGGGACCGAGCUUUGGCCUUCUCUGACUUCAGCUUCUUCCUGGCCAGAGUGUCACACUGGAUCAGUUUGUGUGAAUUAAAGGAGGGCCGUGAGUUCAGUUUGUGAGAGGUGGAGGAGGAGGAGAAGGAGGAGGAUGAGGGUGUGGUGGACCUUGCCCCUCCUUCACUCCUCUCCACAGAGUCCGGUGUGUGUGUGAGGGCUGUGGGCGGGGCCAAAAGGUUGGUUGAGGACAGAGCAGGUGGUUUGUAGUGUGUGUAGAGGAAGCUGCGUGGAGCUGCAGACGGCUGUGUGUGCACAGGCGUAGUCGGGUGUUUCUCAGGUCGCUCCUGGGUGAGGGAGCGUGACGCAAACCCGCUCUCGUUGUCCGUCUCACUCACCAGCUCGCUGUGCUCGUCGUCAGCAUCCUCCUCCCGCCCCUCAGACCCAAGACUCCGCCCUAAGGUGGAGAGGGUGGAGUAACCAGACACAAUGGAGCGAGCAUCCUCUGGAGAUCUCCAGGGCGGCCCCUUUACCUCCACCUCCACCCGCACCUCCUCUUCCUCCUCCUGCAACAACAUGGUUGCCUGUCUUCCUCCUUUUUCCUCUUCGUCUUUGCAACAUGGCUCGCUAGGAACAACCUCCGCCACCUCCUCCACCUCUACCUCCUCUUUUCCUCCACUUUCUACAACUUCCUCUUCUUCUUCCUCUUCCUCUUCUUCUUCAUCCUCGUCGUCCUCCUCU